AUGGUGCUCAUGGCUAUCUUUCAAUCUCUACAAUUUGCUGACGUCGCCCUGCCACUGCAGGCUCUUACGCUGGAGAAUGCCGCAGAUGAGGCACUGCUCAGGCGUGCUGGUCAUGGCGCUGCAGUGGAAGAAGCCGACAGUCGCAGUGGCAUGGUGUACCUCCAGUACAUCAUAGACCAACACGCCGCGUCAGAAACCGAGCUCCAUGCACGUGCGGCCGAGACGUGGCGCAAGUAUGCUAGCCAGUUGGCCAAUAGUGGAUGCAGCUAUCAAGUUGGUUUGCUGCCUUGCCCCAAUGGCAACACCUGUUAUUACACAGGGUAG